CGCUGAGUGAGUGGAGGCUGGGAGGGGCUCCUUAAAGAAACGCUGCCAUCGCCGGCAUUGUGGCCAGCAAAAGAACUCAAGGGGGGAGGAAAAAACACCGGAGCGCUUCUCUUCAUUCUCUGCACGCCCCCCCAACAACAACCUCACCCCCCCAGGCAGGCCAAGAAGAAGAAGAAAAAGCUUGGGGGGGGAAUCGUGGGGGGGUUUCUUGGAAAGCGUCUUAUAAACUGGAUUGCACUGAAACGGGUGGCUCCCUCCCCCCUAAAGCGGCGCACGAGGAAAUUACAAUAUUGUUAUUUCCCCCCCCCCUUUUGCUUUGUUCCAAGCCAGCAUCCCGGACCUGUUUCCCGGGGUCUCUCGUCCAAUCGCUCUUGCCUCCGCUUCCUUUUCUGCCGCUUGCUGGCCAUCUGCCUCCGCCGUUUCCUUUGUGUCUGAUUUUGGUGUGUGUGUGCGCGCCGCUUGCCUCCCCCAGCGAGGAGGGAAAGGGAAGAGGAGGGCGCGAUCCCGCACAUCCACCGGGACUAUGCCCAGCUCGCUGUUUGCCGACAUGGAGAGGAAUGGGAACGGAGGCGGCGGAGGAGGAGGGGGCGAGACCCUGGAUGACCAAAGAGCCCUGCAGAUCGCCUUGGAUCAGUUGUCACUCCUGGGCUUAGACAACGACGAGACGGGCUCGCUUUACGACAACGAGCCGCGGAAGAAGAGCGUGAACAUGACAGAAUGCGUCCCGGUGCCCAGCUCGGAGCAUGUCGCCGAGAUCGUGGGCAGGCAAGGUUGUAAAAUCAAAGCGCUGCGGGCAAAAACCAACACCUACAUCAAGACCCCGGUACGCGGGGAGGAACCGCUUUUCGUCGUAACGGGCAGGAAGGAAGAUGUGGCGAUGGCCCGGAGGGAGAUAAUUUCGGCGGCGGAACACUUCUCCAUGAUCCGUGCCUCCCGGAACAAAAACACCGUGUUGAACGGCACGGUGCCCAGCCCGCCUAACUUGCCCGGGCAGACCACCAUCCAAGUGCGGGUGCCUUACCGGGUGGUCGGCCUCGUGGUGGGGCCCAAGGGGGCCACGAUCAAACGCAUCCAGCAGCAGACGCACACCUACAUCGUCACGCCCAGCCGCGACAAAGAGCCCGUCUUCGAGGUGACGGGCAUGCCGGAGAACGUGGACCGCGCCCGGGAGGAGAUCGAAGCGCACAUCGCCAUGCGCACGGGCGGCAUCAUCGAGCUGACCGACGACAACGACUUCCACGCCAACGGCACCGAUGUGGGCUUCGAGCUGAGCGGAGGGGGCGCGGGCAGCCUCUGGAGCAAGCCCACGCCGCCGCCGCCGCCCCCUCCUCCUCCUCCGCCCCCUCCUCCCUCCUCCAGCAUCACUCCGACGCCGGGCCGCAAGCCCUUCUGCAGCUACCGCAACGACAGCUCCAGCUCUCUGGGCAGCGCUUCCACCGACUCCUACUUUGGCAACGGCAGCAGCACCCGCUUGGCCGAUUACAGCCCGCCCAGCCCGUCUUUGAGCUUCACCCACCACAACGGCAACAACAACAACAACGGCUACGGCGUCUAUGGAGGGGGCGGCGGCGAAGUCCUCUCCUCGCCCGACUGCUGCGCCUCCGAGCUGCCGACCUUCGAUUCCCCGCCGGGCUUCGACUUGGCCCCGGCGCCUCCGCCCGGCGCGCCUCUCCUUUGGUCGCAGUUCGAGCGCGGCCCUGCGUCGUCCAGCAACGUCGCUUUUCCCGGGGGCACAGCUCCCCCCAACGCCAACCUGGCCUUGCUGGUGAGCAACGGCGGCGGGCAGAGGCGGGGCGCCGUGCCGCCUCCGCCUCCUCCGACGCGCCUUUCCCCGCCUCUGCACGGAGGAGCUGGAGGCGUGGCGCUGGCUGGCGAGCCGCAUCCCCUGGCGCGCCGGGUGCGCAGCGACCCGGGAGGCCGCCUGAUCGCCGCCGCUGUGGCCGCUGCUGCUGCUGCUGCCGCCGCCGCCGCUUCUUCUUCCUCCUCGUCCUCGUCCUCCUCUUCUUCGUGCUCCUACCCGCUCUAUGCCAACGGGCUGGGUUGCCACUUGCCCGGCUUGCCGUCCGAUUCCUCGGCUUCCUCCUCCUCCUCCUCCUCCAGCUCUUCUUCCAGCUCGUCUUGCUCUUCAUCCGGCAUGAGGAGAAAAGGCAGCCGCGACUGCUCCGUCUGCUUCGAGAGCGAGGUGAUCGCAGCCCUCGUGCCCUGCGGCCACAACCUCUUUUGCAUGGAGUGUGCCAACCGCAUUUGCGAGAAGACGGAGCCCCAGUGCCCAGUUUGCCACAGUACAGUCACUCAGGCUAUCCGGAUCUUUUCCUAAGAACCCCAGCCGCCCCCGUCUCUCACACACACAGACACAGACAGACAAACAGCCUCUUUCGAAGAUCUUCUACUUGCGCCUCUCUACAUACACACACAUAUAUAAUACCCGUGUCGAGCUUUUAAAGCUGCAGUAUCCGCACAUCCCCAAAAACAAUAAUAUAAAUAAUAACAAAGGGGGGGGACCUGACGUUUUGUAGGAUGGUUACCAUCUUGGUUUUUUCAAAAAUGCUUUUUUAUUAUUUUCUUGCAUUGAGUGUACUGUAGCUUAGAAUGGGUUAAAGGGGGAUAUUUGUAACAUCUGAUGCAUGCUAUAAAUAUUAAGGAACGACAUUCUAGUAAUAGACUAGUUUUUACACUUUAUCUUAAGGCCAAGCUUCCAAAACAAUGUUCUCUCUCUCUCUCUCUCUCUCUUCUAAAUUAAAAUAGGAAAUGCGUAUGGAUUAUGAUGGCGUGUGAACAGUUAGUAUAAUGUGCUGGUAGUUGGUAGAUUGCUUAUUGAGAAAUAAAUCUAUGGAUGGAUAACUUUUCUUGAAUGUUCUUGAAAGGGCAAGAUUUUCCUGUGAAAAAAAAUUAAUAAUAAUAAUAAUGAACUUAUGAUACUGCAGCUUUAUCAAAGAAAAAAAAAGAAGAAAAAAAGAAACUGUAACAUAUCUCUUAUAUAUAUUAAAA